UCCUGGGGCUGAAGACUAUUGACCGGGGAAUAAAGGCAGGAAAAUAGUACGAAGCCAAUUUUGCUCCGUUGUUCUUCAUAAACCUUCCCUUCCUUUUAAGAACAAUCUGCUGAAGAAUUGAGCUUACUAGGAAGGACUUGGAAAUGGCCAGGAGGUUAAUAGAUGAGGCAAGCAGUAGCAGCAACAGCAGAACGGAAAGCGUCGUGAUCGAUUGUGGAAGACGUCGAAGCUCUUGCGGUUAUUGUAAAUCUCCUGGUCGCACCAGCAUCUCUCACGGCCUGUGGGCACAAAGCCUUACAGUGAAUGAUUACCAAGAUCUUCUUGAUCGGGGUUGGAGAAGAUCUGGAUGUUUUCUUUACAAACCAGAGAUGGAAAGGACAUGCUGUCCUUCUUAUACAAUUCGCUUGAAAGCAAGUGACUUUGUUCCUUCUAAAGAGCAACUUCGUGUAUCUAAACGGGUGCAAAGGUUUCUAGAUGGCGCGUUGGAUGUCAAAAAAGCUAAUACUUCAGAGCACCCAACUGCUUCUAAUGAAUCUGAAAGCUCUGUCCUCCAUGAGUUCUCAAGCCCUCUGUCUAAAGACUCCCUUUCUACUUGUAAUGAAGAGAAAAAUGAGACUGAGAAAGUUUUGCGCUGCUUAUCAGAUCAAAUUGAAGAUGCAGUUUGCAUGCUCACUAAUAAGGAAGAAUUUCCCUCUGGUAUUCAGUUACCAAAAGCUUCAGUCAAAAAAGUUUCACCUGGGAAGAGGAAGUUACUAGUUAAUGGAUCAGAAGAUCUCCUAUACAGUAGCAACAUAGCAUUCCAAAUUGCAGCUUCUAUAAAGCGAGCACAACUAGGUGACAAAAAUGCCCAUCAGUCAAAACUGUCUAAAGAUUGUACAGAAGAGAAUGAGAUGUCUCCUAAAGUUAUUGCUGAAAAAUUGGCAACAUCUUUAGUGCAUACUUUAAAAUGUUCUGAUAUAUCUGUAAGAUCUUGCAGUGGACAUAUCAAUUUUUAUUCCUCCACUAAGCAAGCUUCCUCAAGUGAAGGUGCUCAAAAUGCUUCAGCUCCUAAAAAAUCUGGGAUAAAGCGUGGGAGUGAAGGAAACUGUUUGAAUAACCCUCAGUGUAGUGAAGUGAAAAGGCGGAGGCUUGAGCUUCGCCUGAAAAGAUCAAGUUUUGAUCCUGAAGAAUAUGCUUUGUAUAGAAGAUAUCAGCUCAAAGUGCAUAAUGAUAAACCAGAACAUGUGACCGAGGACUCAUAUCGGAGGUUUCUGGUUGAUACUCCAUUGUUAUAUGUUGCUUCCUUUGGGGAUGGCACAGUUCCUCCUUGUGGUUUUGGCUCCUUUCAUCAACAGUAUUUAAUAGAUGACCAAUUAGUGGCAGUUGGAGUUAUAGAUAUCCUUCCAAAAUGUUUAUCCAGUAAAUAUUUGUUCUGGGAUCCUGACUUUGCCUUCUUAUCUCUGGGCAAGUAUUCAGCACUCCAGGAAAUACAUUGGGUGAAAGAAAACCAAAUUCAUUGUCCUAGCAUUCAGUACUAUUACCUUGGCUACUAUAUUCACUCUUGCAGCAAGAUGAGAUAUAAAGCUGCGUAUGGCCCAUCAGAGCUUCUAUGUCCUCUACGGUAUCAAUGGGUUCCAUUCGACAUUGCAAAGCCUUUGCUUGACAGAAAACCAUAUGUUGUUUUAUCAGAUUCUUCCAUUUCACAAAAUGGAGAGUCAUGCCAACCUCAAGUUACUGUAGAUGUUUUGGAAAGGCAUCUUGAUGCUGACCAACAAGACGCAAAUGACGUUCCAAUGGAUGAAGAUGAAGAAAUGGAUGAUUCUGAAUUGGAAAGUUCUGAUGAUGAGCCCAGCCUAGAAACUACCUCAUACAGUGAAAAAGAUGGUGAUGUCAGCAAAGUUUUGCUUGGGUUAAAGGGAUCUCGCCUGAGGUACAAGGAUCUGCGAGGUGCCUUUGGUCGAGAGCGGAGUGACUUUGAAUCUCAGUUGCAGAGAUACAAGAGCGUUGUGGGGCCGGAGUUAUGUGAGCGAAUGGUCUAUUCACUGGGAUAAUAUACGGCAGUUGAUGGCUGAAUU